AUGGCCGUCGACACCGCCUCCAGUGCCGCAUUUGAGUCUUUGGCUGAACCCAAAAAUGACAACGAUGUUGAGGUAAGCCCAGAUACGAAGAAGAUCGCUUCGAUCAACGACGAUAAUAUGGUGGAUAUUGGGGCCGCAGCGAACAAAAAGGAGAGCCAUUUAUCCGGGUUCAAAUGGUUUCUCGUCUGUGCUUGCGUUUAUGUCUCGGAUUUUGUCUAUGGCCUCGACACCACCAUCGCGGCCGACAUCCAAGGCGCGGUUACUCAAACCUUCGGAACUGUCAAUCAACUUGCUUGGCUCGGCGCAGGAUUUUCUCUCGGUUCCACUGCCGCCAUUCUCCCUCGCGGUGCCUUAUUCAACUCAUUCGAUCAAAAGUGGUUAUAUAUCGCCGGCGUGCUGCUCUUUGAAGUGGGCUCUGCAUUGUGUGGCGCCGCGCCAAAUAUGAAUGCUCUCAUUGUUGUUCGUGUUAUUGCUGGCGCGGGAGGAACAGGCAUAUACCUCGAAACUCUCAACUUCUUCUCGUCUCACUUGAUAUCGCCGGAGCGACGUGGAGCUUACAUCUCCGGCAUCUCAAUCGUCUGGGGCCUCGGCGCUGUACUUGGUCCUGCCAUUAGCGGCGCUUUUAUUGUCUUCAUUGCUGCUGGCAAUAGCUGGGAAUGGCAGGAUAAGCGUACGAUUGCACUUCUGGUGGUCUGCGGCGUCCUAACCCUAGCAUAUAUCUUGCAACAGUAUUUUUGCUUUCUAACGACGCCUACGACGCGAUCGUUUCCUGGUCACUUGCUGUGCUACAGAUCUCAUAUUCUUCUGAGCGCAAGCACCGCAUGUGCUAUCUCUAGCCUCUAUGUCCCGGUGUAUUACAUUCCCGUCUACUUCCAGUUCGUGGAGUCCGAUUCGCCGUUGAAAGCUGCUGUCCGAAUUCUACCGCUUUUUCUCGUUGUCGUUGCUGUCAGCUUUUCGAAUGGCAGCCUUCUUGCGAAAGUCAAAUUCUAUAAGCCACACCAUCUUGUCUCUGGCGUUUUGAUCACUCUAGGCAGUGCGCUGUUUUACGUCUAUAUCGGUCCAUCCACGUCACCGGGUGUUAUUUACGGCAUUAGCGUUGUGAUUGCCCUAGGAACUAGACUUACUUGGCAAAUUGGGUACACCAUUGCUACUCUCAAGGUAUCUAUCGCCUGA